AUCACCACCACGUCUGCAAGGGCUCAGCUGACGGCUUCCUGAGGGGCCAAGGAGUGAGCAUGGAGGAAGGCAUGAAUGUCCUGCAUAACUUUGGGAUCCAGUCAACACACUACCUCCAGGUGAAUUACAAGGACUCCCAGGAUUGGUUCAUUCUGGUCUCCGUGAUUGCAGACCUCAGGAAUGCCUACUAUGUCCUCUUCCCCAUCUGGUUCCAUCUUCGAGAAGCUGUGGGCAUCAGACUCCUCUGGGUAGCUGUGAUUGGAGACUGGCUCAACCUCAUCUUUAAGUGGAUUCUCUUUGGGCAGCGCCCUUACUGGUGGGUCCUGGACACAGACUACUACAGCAAUACUUCUGCGCCGCUGAUAAAGCAGUUCCCGGUCACCUGUGAGACUGGACCAGGGAGUCCCUCUGGCCAUGCCAUGGGUACAGCAGGUGUAUAUUAUGUGAUGGUCACAUCCACCCUCUCUAUCUUUCGGGGAAAGAAAAAGCCGACCUACAAAUUUCGGUUUUUGAACGUCAUUUUGUGGUUGGGAUUCUGGGCCGUGCAGCUGAACGUCUGUCUGUCACGAGUCUACCUUGCUGCUCAUUUCCCCCAUCAGGUUGUGGCUGGAGUCUUGUCAGGCAUUGCCGUGGCUGAAACUUUCCACCACAUCCGGAGCAUCUACAACGCCAGCCUCAAGAAAUACUUCCUCAUUACCUUCUUCCUGUUCAGUUUUGCCAUUGGAUUUUACCUGCUACUGAAGGGGCUGGGUGUAGACCUCCUAUGGACUCUAGAGAAAGCCAAGAGAUGGUGCGAGCGGCCAGAAUGGGUCCACAUUGACACCACACCCUUUGCCAGCCUCCUGAAGAACCUGGGGACCCUCUUUGGCCUGGGGCUGGCUCUCAACUCCAGCAUGUACAGGGAGAGCUGCAAGGGCAGGCUGAACAAGUCGUUCCCGUUCCGCCUCAGCUGCAUCGUGACCUCCCUCGUUCUCCUGCACAUCUUUGACUCUUUGAAACCCCCAUCCCAAACUGAGCUGAUCUUCUACGUCCUGUCCUUCUGCAAGAGUGCAGCAGUGCCCCUGGCAUCUGUCAGUCUCAUCCCCUACUGCCUUGCCUGGCUGCUGGGCCAGCCACACAAGAAGUCUUUGUAAGGAAUGUGGAGACUUCAGUAUUUAAAGUCAAUGACUGUGCCAAGGAUUGAGGGCAACGAGCGUCUUCUGCCAGCCCACUUUGAGGCCAGAAGUGCCAGCAUCAGCUUGGGUGACCCCCUUCGUCCUAUGCAAUUCUAAUCGUAUUGGGGGAUGUUUUUUGAAAAGCGAAUAAGGGUAUUUGAGAAAGCCUUGUCUGUUAGAAGUGGGUAGUUCAGGAGUUUUCCCUGAAGACUUGUUCUUCCAUUAGAGGUACAAAAGUCAGACUUCCAGGUAGGGACAGCUCAGUCGCAGGCUGGGAAUCCCACCUGAGAAUGUUCUACCCAUGCUCAUUCUGACCCAGAAAAGGAGAAAAGAGAAGUGGAUUUGAUAGGAAAAGGAUGGAUAAAGGAGGAUUUUUUAGUAUCUUAAAUAUCAUGCAAAUUUUGUCCAACAAUAGCUACAUGGCUUUGAUUGUACUUAAAUCUUUAGGUAAGAGACUCUCAAUAGUGGAGGACCAACCUAAAGAGUAAUUAGUGGAGUAAUUCUGCAUCUUGCAUUUUUCUAUUUUAUAUCUGUGGUCAUUGUAUUUACUAAGAUUUCUGAAUGGCUGCAGUGACCUAGAUUUGUACUAAGCCAGAGGGUUCAGGCGUAGUCAGCUUCUAUCAUUCUAGAUCUUCCUCUUAUUUUCCCAGCUCUGCUUUCCCCAGAAUUUCUCACUGGCCCACACCUGCCCUGCUGGGUAUUCAGAUGCCUAAAGGUGACUCUGUGGUGGUGCUUUUGUUAUGUUUCAGUUAAGCUCUGAAAUCUUGGGGGAAAAGGUAAGGAGAGGGCAAGGAGAGGCAAGGAUUUCCCUCUCCAGAAGGUUACUCCAAUGUUACUUUUGAUUCCUGGAGGACAACCGUGACUCCUUUCUCUAUCCUAAACCAACCAAGAGCACAUCCUUGGAGGGAAACCCUCCCUGCCUGUUCUCCAGUCUCAGCUGAUUUGCAGAAUAUGUCCUUAAAAAAAAAAAUGCUGAAGCCUAUUUAUUUGAGAGUCCUUGUUUUUGCUACUAAUUAUGUAGUUCACCAUAUAUUAUCAUUCACACCAACCUUCCUGGUCAUUACAUCUUUAAAAAGAAAAAUAUGUAU